AUGGAGACCAAGAGUGAUAAAUGUGUUACUAUAGGAGAUAAAUUUGAGGAAAUAGAAGCUGAAGGUGAAGACAACAGACCCUCAGUACAUAACGACGCAUCCGGUGGCCUAGAUGACAACGGAGCUGAUUCCGACAGUCAUGCCGAGCCAGAUGACCGUGAGAAUGAUCCUGGCGAUGGAGCCGAAACUGAACGGAUAUGCAUUUUGGAUCCUGAGUCAGAGGAGCUUGAUUUCAAUCACGCGAGACUCACCAAGCUGGAGAAUCUCGAGCCUCUGACAAACAUACAAAAAUUAUGUUUCACCUGGAAUUUGAUAAAAAAAAUCGAGAAUCUUGAUACACUUGUUACUUUGGUUGAAUUAGAAUUACGGGACAACCAAAUAACUGUUAUUGAGAAUCUGGAUGCUCUUGUGAAUCUUCAAGUUCUAGACAUUUCAUUCAACAGAAUUAAAAAAAUAGAAAAUCUUGAUCGACUUACGAAUUUGCAAAAGUUAUUUUUAUCUUCCAACAAAAUUUCAAAGAUUGAAAAUAUAUCGCAUUUAUCAAAUCUCACAGUAUUGGAGCUGGGUGAUAACAAAAUACGUUUCAUUGAGAAUUUAGAAAACCUGACAAACUUGACCAAUUUAUUUUUGGGUAAAAAUAAGAUAUCGAAAAUAGCAAACUUGGGUCAUUUGGUUAAUUUACAGCUGCUGAGUUUGCAGAGCAACCGGAUAACCAAAAUUGAAAAUUUGGAGACUUUGACACAGCUCGAUCAAUUGUAUUUAUCAGAAAAUGGACUUACUUGUAUCGAGGGAUUGGAAAAUUGCAAACUCUUGACUACGCUCGAUGUUGCUUUCAAUAAGCUUAAAAAAAUUGAAAACAUCAAACAUUUGGAGUUAUUGGAAGAGUUCUGGAUUAAUAAUAACCAAAUAGAAGAUUGGAGUGCAAUCGACGCAUUAGCUGAGAACAAGAAACUCCAAACAGUUUACCUCGAGCACAAUCCGAUUGCUAAUGACCCGAGCUACCGACGAAAAAUAAAAUUACUCUUGCCGUGGCUAGUUCAAUUAGACGCGACGCUUUGCAGAUAA